ACGAAACCUUCAAUAUUGAAUAUCCCCUAGAAGUAUCUUAUAGCAUCUUAUAUGAAUGCCGAGCUGUCUGUUAUGAGCAUGCAUCAGUUUUUUUGGGUUACUUCAUUCAGCUUUCAAUCCUUCCAAGCCUUCACCAUAUUGAAACCACAUUCAUGGCUAAGAACGGGGAUUUCUCGGCAGAGGCUGAUGCGGCGUUCUUUGCAUCCUACGACGGACUCCCGGUGCAUGAGAAAAUGAUCAAGGACGAGAUACGGACAGAGUCCUAUUUGAACGCGAUGGAGGACAACCCACAUUUAUUCAAGGACAAAAUUGUCCUUGACAUCGGCACCGGGACUGGAAUCUUGAGCAUGUUCGCUGUCCGAGCGGGAGCGAAGCAUGUCUAUGCCAUAGAUGUCUCGAAUAUGAUUGACAACGCACGCAAGAUGGCGGAGGUGAAUAAUAUGUCUCACAAGAUUACCUUCAUUAAGGCUAGAGUGGAAGAAGCCAAGCUUCCAAUGGUCGACAUCAUCGUGUCGGAAUGGAUGGGCUUUUGCUUGCUCAGCGAGAUCAUGCUAGAUUGUCUGCUUUACGCAAGAGACAAAUUUCUUGUUCCAGGUGGGCUCGUGUUCCCUGACAAAACUUCGCUGCAUAUUGCAGGAAUUGAGGAUGGGGAGAGGAUGAGUGGCAAGGUAGACUAUUGGAACAACGUCUACGGUCUAGAUUUCAGCCCCGUCAAACCAGCAGCGAUCAGCAAAGGAUUUCUCAGAACGCCAGACUCCAGUGCUGUGAUCACAAAAGCCACCUGUGUCCUCGAUCUUGAUCUUCAGACAGUCCAAAUCUCGGACUCCACUCUUAAAUCCCUUCCUUUCCAACUCGCAGCAAAUCGAGAUGACACCGUGCAUGCAUUCCUUGCCUGGUUCGACUACGAGUUCACCGCUGGUCUUGAACCAGUGUGGGUCUCUACCGGGCCAUUUUCGCCACCUACUCAUUGGAAGCAGACCGUGUUCUAUCUUGAGAAGCCGGUGAAAAUGAGGAAGGGUGACGCUAUCACGGGUGAGGUUUCAUUUGAGCAGUACCAGAGAGAUCUCAAUGUGAGAUUCUCCUACAAAUAUGAGUCGAGCUCAGCAAACGGUGUGAAUGAAACCAACGGCUUCAAUGGAAUGAAUGCUGUCAGUGGGUUUGGCCUUUAUAAGGUGGACGCGGUAGAAUAAAUGCUUCGCACCAAAUAUUAGUGCUAACGCGCAAAUUCAAGUUUGUCAAAGCCAUGUCUUUAGAAAAGGGGUGCUAUGUGCAAAGGAGGAUUUAUGGGACUAGUCUGCUGGGCCUUCUAUUUAUUUAAUAGAAACCUCAAGUCCUUCAAUACAGAAGUACACAUGGC